AUGAGGGACACCUGCGCAGUAUGUAGCCUCUCGGAAACCGGCGCGCUACAAUUGGACAUCGCCGCACUGAGCGAGACUCGUUUCUUCGAACAUGGUCAACUGAAGGAGGUGGGUGCCGGAUACGCCUUCUUCUGGAGCGGUCGCUCCAAGGCAGAGCUACGGGACGCGGGUCUCACCUUCGCCAUUCUCAACGACAUCGUGGGACGACUGCCCUGUCUGUCGCAGGACAUCAACGAUCGCUUGAUGAGCCUCCGUCUGCCUCUCCGGGGACGUAAAUUUGCCGCUAUCGUCAGCGCCUACGCUCCCCCGAUGACCAGCCCUGAUUCCGCCAAGGUCGAAUUCUACAGCGACCUGCACGUCCUCCUAGCGACCGCGCCGAAGGCGGAUAAGUUGAUUGUCCUUGGCGAAUUCAAGGCCCAUGUCGGAAAAGACUUUGCUGCCUGGAGGGGAGUGCUGGUCCCUCACGGAACCGCUGGCUGCAACGGCAAUGGCCUUCUUCUCCUGCGGACCUGA